AUGGUCUCAGAUACUCCUCAGGGCGGUCAGCUUCUUAAGAACUUUGCUGUCGGCAUUUGCGGUGCCCAGCAGACCUGGACUAUGUCCGAGUUCAUCGGCCGUGAGAUCAUACGUAUCCGCAACCUCGUUGGCCCUACCGGCCAGGUCCUAGAUGCCGUAUCAGGAGGCAUGGACUCUACCGUUGCUGCAAAGAAGCUAUUCCAUGCUGUUCUGGUGGAUAAUGGCUGUAUGCGCCUCAAUGAAUGUGAAACAACAAAAUUGGUGCUAUCUGAGCAGCUUGGUAUCAACAUUACCGUUGUCGAUGCUAGCGAGGAGUUCUUGGACGGACUGAAGGGCGAAUAUGACCCCGAGAAGAAGCGCAAGUUCAUUGGUGGCAAAUCUAUCGACGUUUUCGAAAGGGAGGCGAGAAAGAUCGAGCUUCAAAGCUCCGGCAAAAUGGAGUUUUUCCUCCAGGGCACCCUCUACCCUGACGUCAUUCAGUCCAUCUCAUCCCAGGGUCCUUCGCAGACUAUCAAGACUCACCACAAUGUGGGUGGUAUCGCUGAGCGGCUGAUGGCCGGUCACGGCCUGAAGCUGAUCGAGCCUCUAUGCGAGCUCUUUAAGGAUGAGGUCCGCGAGCUGGGCCGCCAGCUUAUGAUCUCUGAUGAGCUUGUUGGCCGCCACCCCUUCCAUGGCCCCGGUAUUGCUAUUCGUGUAUUGGGUGAGGUCACUAAAGAGAAGGUCGAGAUGGCCCGCAAGGCCGACCAUAUCUUUAUUGCCUACGCCGCGCAUGACCCCUCGCGCGCCGUUAGUGUCAUGGGUGAUAAGCGUGUGUACGCUAAUAUCAUCCUCCUCCGCGCCAUUUCCACCAAGGACUUUAUGACUGCCACUCCUUACCCCUUCGCCUACGACUUCCUGACCAAGGUUGCUACCCGCAUCGUCAACGAGGUCGAGGGUGUGUGCCGUGUUGCAUACGACUUCACUAGCAAGCCCCCUGGUACCAUUGAGAUGGAGUAG